GAUCGACCACAGCGAAUAUAUAUAUUCGUCGUCACGAGGAUCUGGAUGCAAAGGCAGGCAUUAGGCCAGGCCAGCCAUGCGUAGCCGGGCUCCAUCAUCCAAGUUUCCCAAGCCUUUUUUAGAUCAGUACUACAGGUCAAGCAUGCACAAGUGCACAGCGCUGUCAGGAAAGGAAAGGAAAGAAAAGGGGGGCCCCCGACGCGCCUCACGUCCAUGCGCCGCCCAUCCAGGAACUGCUUUGCAUAUAGAGCUUAUCCGGUAGGACUAUAUAUGUUGCGUUUUAUCAUUAAUCAUGUACUUUGAUUUAUAUCUAACGUAACGUAGGAGCAGAAUUGCUCACUGAGAUACGAACACGCGCGGCUCUAUAUAUCUCCAAAAUAUAGUGUGACAAUAAUUAGAGAUUCUAACUAAAAAGAAACAGUUGGAUGGCAAUAAAAAGGUUAAUAUGGAGAGAAUCUUUUAGAUUAUUAUUGAUGUGAAGAGACUCUUGGAGAGUUGGAGUUGCUCCAUUGAUAAACUAGAACGUGAAAGCUCGAUUAUUAAUCCAUUGUUAGGCGAUGUGUGGUCCCUACAACGGUACAAUAAAAAGGGUUUGAACCAACCAAGAAGACAUUUUUUUUCUGGAUAAAGCUUGCCUUUUUGCAUUAGAUAAGACGGACUCUUUUUUGCCAGCAUUAUUAGAGAAGACGUCGAACAUUCGCACCAAAGGAAAAUGGCAAAGGCUAGGAUACUUGUUUGGAGAGGAGAGAGAGAGAGAGGAGAGAGAGAGAGAGAGAUAGCUGUGUUACUUUGAUCACAGUGGGCAGAAAAAGGCACUCACAGCAUUUUUUUGCUAAAAAUAAUCAAACGUGCCGCUCCAAACUUUACGGGAUGCCUUUUGCUUUGAGAAAUUUAAUCCUUGCUUUUUUUUUUGGUUUUUGUAGCCCUGUUUUGUUCUUAAAGUGAAGUUAUCUUAUCUCAAUGAAAGCAAAGCCUAGUAUUUCACGGGAAAGCCGAUAAGUAGAGAAUUCCACUAUUAACAAACCAUUUUGAUUUCUCCCCCUUUAAUUUUCUCUGUCGGAAUAAUAAUGCUAUUGUAAUACAGAGUAGGGAAUAUUAUAUAGAGGGAAACGGUGAGGGCCAGGGAGGCAAAUGGACAAGGAGAAAAGUUAGAUCAAACCUAGCCAAGCAAUCCUGAUAUCCACAGCCUCUUUCUCCACUGGACGAGAACUGUCCCAGCAGAAACCAGAAGCACCAACUGCAAACAUCAGAGAAGAGAAGAGUAGGGGGGAAAUUACUACUCUACGACUCGUGCGCCCACUCCUCCACUGUUCUUGGGAAUCUCGGGGGAGAAGAGGAAGAAAGCAGUGGGUCUCAGCGCACCACUCAUUAUUCCUGGCUCCAUGGCUUCCUGACGUCCCUGUGCGGCGGGGACCCGGCGAUGAGGAUCGUGGUGUGGUUCCGGAGGGACCUCAGGGUGGAGGACAACCCGGCGCUCGCGGCGGCGGCGCGUGCCGGUGGGGAGGUGGUGCCGGCGUACGUCUGGUCGCCAGAGGAGGAGGGCCCUUACUACCCCGGCCGCGUAUCCCGGUGGUGGAUCAGCCAGAGCCUGAACCACCUGGACGCCUCGCUCCGCCGCCUUGGGGCGGGAAAGCUUGUCACGCGGAGGUCGGCCGACGCCGCCGUCGCGCUGCUCCAGCUGGUCCGCGACACCGGCGCCACGCACGUCUACUUCAAUCAUCUAUACGACCCGAUCUCACUGGUCAGGGACCGCCGGUUGAAGGAGAUGCUGGCGGCUGAGGGCAUCGUUGUGCAAUCUUUCAAUUCGGAUCUGCUGUACGAGCCAUGGGAAGUUGUCGAUGAUGAAGGGCAGCCAUUCACCAUGUUCGACCCGUUCUGGAACAGGUGCCUCAGCAUGCCGUAUGACCCCCCUGCACCGCUUCUGCCCCCGAAGAGGAUCAAUUCAGGUGACUUAUCGAUGUGCCCAUCGGAGGAUCUGAUCUUUGAGGACGAGUCAGAGAGGGGAAGCAACGCUCUUCUGGCCCGAGCGUGGACGCCAGGGUGGCAGAACGCAGACAAGGCGCUGACGGCCUUCCUCAACGGCCCACUGGCCGACUACUCAGUGAACCGCAAGAAGGCCGAUAGCGCGAGCACGUCCCUGCUGUCGCCUCACCUGCACUUCGGCGAGCUUAGCGUGCGCAAGGUCUUCCACCUAGUUCGCAUGAAGCAGCUCGUGUGGAGCAACGAGGGCAACCACGCUGCCGAGGAGAGCUGCACCCUGUUCCUCCGUUCCAUCGGCCUGCGGGAGUACUCCCGGUACCUGAGCUUCAAUCACCCGAGCAGCCAUGAGAGGCCCCUCCUGGCGCACCUCAGGUUCUUCCCCUGGGUGGUGGACGAGAGCUACUUCAAGAUUUGGAGGCAGGGAAGGACCGGGUACCCGCUCGUCGACGCUGGCAUGAGGGAGCUGUGGGCGACGGGGUGGCUGCAUGACCGGAUACGUGUGGUGGUGGCAAGCUUCUUCGUCAAGGUCCUCCAGCUUCCAUGGCGAUGGGGCAUGAAGUACUUUUGGGACACGUUACUGGAUGCUGAUCUUGAGAGCGAUGCGCUGGGCUGGCAGUACAUCACUGGCUCUCUUCCUGAUGGCCGGGAGCUUGACCGCAUCGACAACCCCCAGUUUGAAGGCUACAAGUUCGACCCGCAUGGGGAGUACGUCCGGCGAUGGAUUCCUGAGCUCGCAAGGCUGCCGACGGAGUGGAUACACCAUCCAUGGGACGCGCCUGUCUCCGUGCUGCAAGCUGCAGGAAUCGAGCUGGGCUCUAACUACCCUCUCCCCAUAGUGGAGCUGGACGCGGCCAAGGGCAGGCUGCAAGCGGCCCUGUCAGAGAUGUGGCAGCUGGAGGCGGCGUCGAGGGCCACCAUGAACAACGGGACGGAGGAAGGCCUCGGCGACUCCUCGGAGGUCCUGUUCCCUCAAGAGCUGCAGAUGGAGGUCGACCGGCAGCCAGCCCCAGCCGAGGCAGCAGCCAACGUGCACGUGCACGUGCCGAUGCCUGCCCGGAGGCGCGGGGACCAGAUGGUGCCCACCAUGACGACCUCUUCGCUGAACAGAGCUGGAACAGAGGUCUCCGCCGAUCUAGUAGUAGCGAACAGCGAGGAGGAGGACACCAGGGCGCAGGUUCCGUUCCACGCGCAUCUCCAUCUCCACCCCCGAGCCGAAGCCCCGCCAGCUGCGCGUAGAACCAACAACGGCGCUCGCCAGCACGACGUCUUCCAGCAGCGUCGGAACCACAGGCGAGAUGCUCUGCUUGCUCCGUCGGCGUCGGAGGCUUCGAGCAGCUGGACCGGCAGAGAGGGCGCCGUGGUCCCGGUCUGGUCGCCUCCUGCGGCGUCGGGCCAUUCGGACGCCUUCGCCGCCGACGAAGCUGACGUCUCUAGUAGGAGCUAUCUGGGUAGGCAUCCGCAGUCGCACCGCCUGAUGAACUGGAGCCAACUAUCGCAGUCAUCGUGAGCUCGGAUGCACGCAGCAGAAGAUUCUGUGCGGCCAAACUUAAUCGAGCUGAAGAUUCUCGUAUGUAGAUUGUCCACUGAACUACUCAUCCAUAGUCUGAUGGGAUGGAAACCAGGCGGCUUUUCCUGGUUGUGGUGGCUAUAGCUGUGUAAAUCUCGUCUUCUAGAACGUGUGUGGUCGAUAUAGUGCGGUUGGCUUUACAACCAAAAAAAAAGGUCGCUAUUAUUGAUCAGACGACAAAGGUUUUCCGUAUUUUUUUAGCCUUUUUUGGGGGAGGUAUGUGAUGUAUGUAACCGUAACUGUACAUUCCCUUGUGCUGACCAUAUUGUUAGUUGUAGUUUCCAUGCGUCU